AUGGCUGACAAUCAAGAUCUGUCAGACGCUCCUCGCUGUUUUGUCAGUGGGACCGGUACAGUCGCUUCAUGGGGAUGGCUUCGGAAGACUUGGAUCAUCUAUAGAGUAGCCUCAAAUACGGCCAGUGAAGAUGACAUGCAAUUUUUUCAGAGGGCAAUCAAGGAGAGCACCGAGUUUGAACGUCUGGCGAAUCAAUGGCAGAACAUAUACAGCGCCUGCCAUUGUAGCAGUCAGUGCUGCGGCUGCAGUUCAGAGAGGAGCAAGUAUGCGGCGCGAAUACGGAUUGCAAUCAGGCGUGUCAAAGAUGGCAUGGAAUUGCCUCCAUGGGGUCCUCCCCUUCGUAAUGGGGAUGAGAACCCCAAGUUUGCGCACACCCCACCGCACAGACGAGACGAACUGGAGAUAAUGAAUCUGCUUUCACAGCCACAGAGGGCCGGGGCGCCUGUGAUUGACAUUUUACGAAGAACAAUCGCGGAGAAAUCCCGCAAACGCCCACUGAAAGCCCAGAGGCUCAAGGACGAAUGCAGUAGACUCGAGCGUGAAGCCCACGACCUGGCUGUUGCAGCGACUGCUGCAUCCUCGGCCUUGGGUAGACGCUCGCCAGAUCCUACCACCAUGAGAGCAGCGGAAGAGGCCCAGGAGAGAUUGGAGUGGGCCCAGAAAAAGGCCGAGCUCGCCCAACAAGGAGCUGAAAAAGCCAUAAGAUUGCAACGAUUUAUCGAGCAAAUCGACCGGGAUGGCUAUCCCGGUCCGAAUGGAGAUUGGGGCAAUCGACCACCAGGCCAUUGGGUACCGUGUGCUUUUGGACCGGAUCCGGAUCAUGAUCAUGAUCCAGCCGGUUCGGAUGCGCCUCCUCCAUCUAGGUCCCGCCGUAACGGAGAUGGCCGACCGACCCCAGCUCCAAGUACUCAUGCUUCAUUCCGCACUAGCACAACCCGCACACCGCUCGCAAGAAAUCCAGGCGGAGGAGUGCCUUCUCCCGCAGGAGGUGAUGAAGUUUCGCCUAGAGAGAGUCGGUAUAGACCCGUAAAAGGUCAAUCUGCAGCAGCUCGAUCUACACCACCUCAGCCGGGAACAGCUGCAUCUGGGGGGAGAACUUCCCAUACGAAUCCAUUUGCCGGAGUUGCACCUCCCUUGGAUAGUAUUCAUAGUCAAAAUCUUGACGAGAUAGACGCUCAUACGCCCAGGACGCUUUCUAGUGUGGGCGGAACAGCAUUUGCAGGCGGAGAACCACCUAGAGCAUCCCGCCUAGGUGUGCAUUCUGCCUUCCAUGAAGCAGCUCAAAGGGACGCAGCUUUUUCUUCCGAGGCACCUGCUGGGAUGCGGCCGAAUCUUUCAUCAGCCAGUCUGUUCAGCUGGACUGACCAAGCGAUCGCUGCAGUCCACUCUUCAGGUAGCCUACAGGAUGCCGUGCGUCGCCAAGCUGCAUCAGGCCAAGCAGCGUCCGCAGGAGGGCUAAUUGGGGACCCACGUGCACCUGCACCCGUGGUGGGAGAAAGACCUGAACAUAUGGCGAGCCUGUCCUUGAGAACCGGGCGCGAAGGCAGACCAGCCGCCACAGGUCCACGUCGAGCUGCACCAGCUGCAACUGCUAGAUCUCCAGCCUUACCUCCACGUGCAUCUCGUGGCGGAGGCGAGCCCGGCCUGCGUGAUACCACAAUGCGCCAAAAUGUCGCCCCGCAACAGGCUGCAAGAGACAGGGCUGCGGCUGGUCCAAGUGCUCCUGCUGCUCAGCCUGAACGUGCACCUACACCUGCAGGAAUGUUUCCCUUUGGUGCGAAAAUGUUUGGGUUGGGUAUAGCACUUGGUCGAGGUAGAGAUCCAGAUCCGAAGACAGGUGGCAGCGGAGCUUCAGGCGGGAAUCAAGGGUCCGCUGGGAGCUCCCGUAGCGGAGGAAGCGCUAGCCAAUCCGGCCUCGUAUUGCAGGGUGCAAGCCAAUCCGGAGGUGCUUUUGCACCGCCAGAGGAAUCGGGUUCUGCAGAUUCGCCUCGCAGUAGACACGAGGGCAAAGUCCUAGCCCGUGUUAAACAAGAAGAAGAGACUCUCCGAGUCCAAGGCGGAUCCACCCCUCGAUUCGGUACUCUCAUAUCCCCCAUCGCAAGCCCAGGGUCGCAAGGCUCUCUCAGUUCUCAGGGCGCAAGUUCUUCACGUCGCCGCGCCGCCCUCCCCGUCCGCUUGAUCCCCGAAGGUCCCACCUCCGCGUCCGCAAGUAAGCGUCUCUUCGCUACCCGUGCCGAAGCUCAAGCUCCAGCUCUAGCUCCAUGUCCAGGCCAGGACCCCAGUCUUCAGCUCCUAAGAUCUCGGUUUGCAGAUUCGUCUGAUGGAUCCGAGACCGGGUCUCCCCGUGUGGCAGCCGACUCGCCGUCUGUAAGGUACGCGCAAGAAUACUCCCACGGAAGAGGCGGCACGCCCCAGGGAUGGGGAAAGGGAAAGCCCCUUAGCCAAAGAUCGAGACCAUACGAAUCUGGAGCGGUGGGGGAUACUCCGACGAGGCCGCUCUUAGAACCACCCUCCUACGGGGGAAUGGAUAGAGGAUAG